AUACACUUAACUCUUCACACUUGCUUUCUGUUCAUUCACCAACGACCUCGCAUUUCACCGGAGGAGGAAGAAGAAGAGAUACAGAGGGGCGGUGGGUUUGAUUCGUUGAGGACUUGCCGAAGGUCCGCUUCUACUGAUUUCACGAGCUUUUUCCCAGUUUAUAUUCCCGACACAGUUCGUUUCAUCUCGAAAAAGUUUUUAGAUAUCAGGUUUAGAAGGGGGUUUUGUUGUUUGCCAUGGAGAAGAGAAAUGGAGCUUGAUUUUGAGCAAUGGGAUGUAUAAAUAGCCGAGAGGUAGCUUCCAGAAACUUAGCAGAUUCCGAGGAUAAGAAGGAGAAGAGCUCUGAAUUUGGUGAUGAUUUGGAAAGGAAGGAAGCUGAUGCGGCUGUUGUUGAUGUUACUCAGAAGGAAGGGCAUGGCCAUGGGGCUCAGCCUUUGACAAAAGAGCAGAGAAAAAAGUCGAAACCUAACCCCAGACUGAGUAAUUUGCCAAAGCAAUCACAGGGGGAGCAGGUGGCGGCUGGAUGGCCUUCUUGGCUCACAGCAGUCUGUGGGGAGGCACUCAGUGGUUGGAUUCCGAGGAAGGCUGAUACCUUUGAGAAGAUUGAUAAGAUUGGACAAGGAACAUACAGUAAUGUGUACAAAGCAAAAGACAUGUUGACCGGUAAAGUUGUUGCACUGAAGAAGGUCCGAUUUGACAAUUUAGAGCCAGAAAGUGUAAGAUUUAUGGCCAGAGAGAUUCUCAUUUUGCGGCGUCUAGAUCAUCCUAAUGUUGUAAAGUUAGAGGGUUUGGUUACAUCAAGGAUGUCAUGUAGUUUGUACCUUGUGUUUGAGUAUAUGGAGCAUGAUUUAGCUGGACUUGCUGCAAACCCAUCCAUCAAAUUUACAGAGGCUCAGGUCAAGUGUUUCAUGAAACAACUGCUAUCAGGACUCGAGCAUUGUCACAACCACAGGGUGCUUCAUCGUGAUAUUAAGGGUUCGAAUCUUCUUAUUGAUGGUGAAGGGAUGCUUAAGAUUGCGGACUUUGGACUAGCUACUUUCUUUGAUCCAAAACUCAAGCACCCUUUGACUAAUCGUGUUGUUACAUUAUGGUAUCGAUCUCCAGAGCUUCUACUAGGUGCAACUCAUUAUGGUGUAGGCAUCGACCUUUGGAGUGCAGGUUGUAUUUUGGCAGAGUUAUUAGCUGGGAGGCCCAUAAUGCCUGGCCGUACAGAGGUUGAACAACUACAUAAGAUAUUCAAGCUGUGUGGCUCACCUUCAGAUGAGUAUUUGAAGAGAGCGAAGUUGCCCAAUGCAGCCUUAUUUAGGCCCAGAGAACCUUAUAAGAGAUGUAUAAGAGAGACCUUUAAAGAUUUCCCUCCAUCAUCAUUUUCUCUUAUAGAUACACUUCUUGCAAUUGAUCCUGCUGAGAGAACGACAGCUAGAGAUGCAUUGAAAAGCGAGUUUUUCGUUACAGAACCUUAUGCAUGUGAACCUUCCAGUCUCCCCAAAUAUCCACCUAGUAAGGAGAUGGAUGCUAAAAGACGGGAUGAUGAAGCGCGAAGACAAAGAGCAGCAAGUAAACUGCAGAACGAUCAUGUGAAGAAGACACGUCCACGUAACCGUGCUGGUAGGGCCAUUCCUAUUCAAGGAGCCAAUGCAGAACUCCAAUCAAAUAUUGACAGACGACGUUUAAUUACACACGCAAAUGCAAAGAGCAAGAGCGAAAAGUUCCCCCCUCCACAUCAGGACGGGGCACUCGGAUUCACAUUGGGAUACUCACGUCAUAUUGAUCCAGCUGCUGUUCCUUCUGAUGUUGCAUUCAGUUCCACAUCAUUCGGCUAUCCAAACAAAUUCGACGAAACCUGGUCCGGACCAUUGGUCGAGUCUUCCGACAUCGGUGCUCAAAGGCAGAAGUAUCCGGGAGGCGAUGCAAAAGAACGACAAUCAACCCAAUCUUCAGUUAAAGGGAAAAAGGUAGCAUGAACUUCGCAUCAUGUAAGUUAAGAAUCAUGCACCAGAACCGGUCAAGUUCUUAUAUACUUAGAAAUGGCUCGUUCUGACCAACUUUGACACCAAGCCUGGUGUCUUGCAGCAAGAACAUACCUGGUUUUCUUUUGUUAUCUGAAAUGGGACAUCCUAAUGUCUCGCUUUCUUCCAUAGAUUCCCCGAAUUUGCUAGAUCUUUCUGCUCGUGCUCGUUCUUUGUUCAUUCGCAGAGUGCUCGAAAAUAAUAUCGACAAAGCUUCUUGGCCAUGGUGAUGCUAUUCAUUGCCCAACAUAAGGUAGAUCAUUGCAUAAGGUGAAAGAGUUCUCUCCAAUGCUACCACUUUGUUAGAUAACAUUCAAAACUGACCACUUUCUUGAGAAGUUCCUUGUGAAGUUUCUGCUAUAAACUACACUUUCUGAAUAAAGAUUCUUUAGGAAAGUGGUCAAAUUGUUUGUUUUUUUCUUCUCAUUGUUCUUUAUUUAUUAUUUUUGGAUGAUAAUGACAACUUUUGUGAAGCUUUUAUGUUAUCCAAUGAAUAUUUUCAUUCUUGUUCGACC